ACAGAGUUUCGUGGGAAAUAGAUAUGUUCACCUACUGAUUUGAUUUUGAAAAAAAAUGAAAAAAAAUAUCAUAAUCACAGUGAUGCUUUGUUUAAUAGACCUAAAUCACAAAUCAUGCUAGACCAGAAAUUCAUCCUAUCCUAACAUAAAAUCAAAAAUACAAAAUAUUCCAGUCCCGUUCCCAGACUACAAAGCCACAAACAAUAACUUCCCUUAAAAGCCAAUACAGCGAAUGCUCACCCGGGUCAUGACAACGCUACGCCACCUCCGAGAACGCUGACUGUGGUUCUGUCAGCGGUCUCACCAAGGGAAGGCUGGCUCGCUGUGACUGGCCUCUGACAGCAUUUCCAACACUUAUAGGAAUACGAAUGGGAGUGUAAGAAGGUAUCCCAAAUGAAAAGAGAGACCACAACACUUUCAUAAGAUGGAUCCAUCAGAGAAUAACACACCAGGUUCUCAUGAUGAAGAAACGCAAGGAGAACACAAAGAAACUCAAAGUCAGUCUAAUCAAGAAGAAGAGAAUGAAACUGUACCUCUGAUUGAGUCUGGCGCUCAGGCUGAUGCUGAACCGAAAGUGAUUACGGAAAAUGCUGUAAGAGUAGCUUUUCUACCGCCAGCAGAGGAGGCAGAUCUUCCAAUAUCAGAGUCACUGGUGCAUGGUGAUGCAUCGUACAGUGCUGAUGAUAAUUCUUCUUACAGUGACAAUGAGGCAGAUAUAGAUCAAGAUAUUGAUGAUGCUCUAGAUGAAGGAUACAUGGGUAUGGAAUGCACUUUAGAGCGUGGAUUUUCACUUAAUGAAGCUGCCAUUGCCCGUGAUCUUCGAUAUGAGCGGUAUGAUGAAGUUGCAGUGAAAUACGAGAGAAGUCAUUCUUUUUCGAAAUACCAGCCUUCGUUGAAGCAUUUUAUACCAGUCAGAAAAUCUUCAGCGGAAAAAGAUGAAAUGCCUCUAGACUCAACUGGUCUGUAUGGCUUUGUCUCGUACUCCUGGAUCACUAGUCUCAUGUGGAAAGCAUACAAGAAAGGAUUGAAAGAGGAGGAUGUCCCCAUCUGCUCAAAGUAUGACAUGUGUGACUACAAUACGGACAGGUUUGAAGCCAUGUGGAAUGAGGAGGUCAAGAGGAAAGGCAAGGAGGGGGCCUCACUCCAGCGGGUUGUGUGGCGGUUUCUAAGGACACGUCUCAUUAUGGCCCUCACGUUUUUCAUGAUUACCCUCAUCAUGGGUUUUGUGGGACCGACAAUCUUUAUGCGGUUUCUCAUCACUUGGUUGUCUACUGAUGAACCAGUAACCACUGGCAUGAUAUGGACAGCUGGGCUUAUAUUUAGCGAGUUUAUUCGCAUUAUUAUUUUUGGUGUUGUUUGGUCUAUAAGCUACAGGACGGGGGUUCGACUGAGAGCUGCAUGCCUUGGCUUAGUCUACAAGAAGCUUAUGAGAAUGUCCAGUUUAGGGAAUAAAAGUAUUGGAGAAGUGAUAAAUCUGUUUGCUAAUGACGCCCAGCGUAUAUAUGACUUUGUUGUGUUGGGUCCUCUUAUAAUUGGAGGACCUGUCGUGGCCAUUGGAGGGGUCAUUUACAUCUUGUGGCUGUUAGGACCCUGGGCAUUGUUUGGCAUGUUGACCUUCCUGCUCUUCUACCCAUUUCAGUAUGGCAUCUCUCGUUUGACUGGGUACCUACGCCGCCGCACAGUAACAGUCACUGAUGAGCGAGUACGGAUGAUGAAUGAAUUGUUGACAUGUGUCAAGCUUAUCAAAAUGUAUGCAUGGGAGAAAAGUUUUACUUCAAGUAUUACAGAGAUAAGAAAACGUGAGAGACAUCUACUGGAAAAGUCGGCCUAUGUUCAGAGCAUCAGUUUGGCCAUGGCUCCCACAGUGCCCGUGAUUGCAGCCAUUGUUACCUUCCUGGCUCACAUUGGUGCUGGAUAUAACCUUACAGCUGCACAGGGUAUGACUGUCAUCUCCUAUCUCUUAGGCAAUGUCCGUGCAUCUUUUAACAUGCUGAGAUUUUCAGUGAGAGCGUUUGUUGAAGGUCUUGAUUCUGUCAGAAGAAUAAAGAGUAUUUUACUGAUGGAUGAGUUGGAGCCCUACCUCAAGACUCCACAAGAACCUGAUACAGCUGUGGUACUGGACCAAGCCACCCUUGCAUGGGAUGCUGUCUCUUCCUUCAAAAAAAAGAAAAAGAAGAAGAGGAGGAACAAGAAGGAUGGCAUAACUCCAGCUGAUCAACUGAUGCCAAAAGUAGUAGACUUGAAACACAUUGAUGUUCUCUUUGACUUAUGUCUCUCCAUCAAGAAGGGAGAACUCAUUGCUGUGUGUGGUAGUGUUGGUGCUGGAAAAUCAUCUUUCAUAUCAGCUCUACUUGGUCACAUGCGUUUACAGUCAGGAGAGGUGUAUUUACAAGGAACAUGUGCAUAUGUUGGCCAACAAGCAUGGAUCAUGAAUGCCUCCUUUAGGGAAAAUAUUUUGAUGGGUGAAGCAUUUGAUGCCAAAAGGUAUUACCGUGUGAUAUAUGCCUGCAACCUUACCCAAGAUGUUGGAGCUAUGCCUGCUGGAGAUUUCACAGAAAUUGGAGAACGAGGUAUUAAUUUGUCUGGAGGACAGAAACAACGUUUAUCACUUGCCAGGGCGCUUUAUGCAAACAGAGAUAUUUAUUUAUUGGAUGAUCCUUUGAGUGCUGUAGAUGCUCAUGUUGGCAGCCACAUCUUCCAGUGGGUGAUCAAAGGUGCUUUAAGAAAUAAGACAACAGUGUUUGUCACACAUCAGCUGCAGUACUUGCCCCUUUGUGACCGUGUCGUUUACUUGCGUGAGGGAAAGAUCGCAGAGCUGGGAACACACUCAAUUUUGAUGGAGGACAACAAAGAAUAUGCUGGUCUAUACAGAACACAUAUGGAAACAGUUGAAAAUCAGGAAAAGGAAAGCAAGACUGAGGAAACAGAUGCUGGAGGACGCCAGCGACAAGACUCCGUCAUUUCAGGAGGAAGCAGCUUAAAUGGCUAUCAGAAGAAUAGUCCAGAGAAAAGUCCAGUCAAGGAAGUUAAGAAGAAACCAGAAGAUGGUCAGCUGAUCACAGAAGAGAAGCUGGAGAAGGGAGACAUCCCUCUGUCAACAUAUAACUGGUACAUCAAGGCUGCUGGAGGUUAUAUCAUAUCCACCCUGGUGAUCUUUACCUUUGCUGCCAAUGUGGGCUCUACUGCUUUCAGUUCGUGGUGGCUCUCAAUGUGGCUUAGUGCAGGGAGUGGGAACACAGAGGUGGUAGUUGGAAAUGGAACGGUCAUCAGUGACAACAUCGCAGACAACCCUGACCUUUUUAUGUACCAGACUGUUUAUGGCUGCCUUAUUUUAGUCAUACUUGGAACUUCACUAAUCAGAGGAUUUGCAUUUAUGAAGACUACCCUAAAGGCUUCCAGCAGCAUGCACGACCAAGUGUUUGUCAAAGUGUUCCGAAGCCCCAUGAGCUUCUUUGACACAACUCCUUCAGGACGCAUUAUAAAUAUCUUCUCCAGAGACAUGGAUGAAGUGGAUGUGCGUGUGCCUAUGACCAUGGAGACUUUCCUGCAGAAUAUUUGGUUAAUCACAAGUUCACUUGUGUUCGUCUGUUUGGUGUUCCCUCAUUUCCUUCCGUUUCUGGUUGUAUUGGCUAUCCUCUUCCUUUUUAUUAGGAGCAUCUUCAGGAUUGGAAUUCGUGAUUUUAAGAGGAUGGAGAAUGUGUCAAGAUCUCCUAUGUAUAGUCAUGUCAGUACAACUGUGAAUGGGUUAGCCACUAUCAAUGCAUAUGGCAAACAGGAGAUGUUUACCAAAAAAUUUAUGGUAUUAUUUGAUGAAAACACGUGUGUCUUUUUCCUGUUCAACUGUGCUAUGCGAUGGUUAGCCAUUCGACUUGAUCUUUUAGCUUUGUUGGUAAUGUCAAUCACAGCCAUUCUCUCGUUGAUAUUACGAGGAUCUGUGGAAGCAUCUUUUGCAGGGCUGGCCUUGGCUUAUGCUGCCCAGUUAAGUGGCAUUUUCCAGUAUACUGUAAGACUUAGCACUGAAACUGAAGCACGCUUUACGUCAGUCCAGCGGAUUAGUAAUUAUACCAAGUGCUUAGCCUCAGAAGCUCCAGCUAUUAUAGAAUCAAAGAGACCAGAUCCAAACUGGCCCAAGUAUGGACGCAUAAGCUACCGAAAUGUGCAGCUGAAAUACAGACCAGACACACCUCUUGUUUUGAAGGGCAUCACAUUUGACAUCGAUUCAUUGGAGAAAAUAGGCGUGGUUGGAAGGACAGGUUCAGGCAAGUCUUCUCUAGGAGUAGCAUUGUUCAGGCUGGUUGAGCUAGCAGGAGGCAGUGUGCGAAUUGAUGGAGUAGACAUUUCAGACCUAGGCCUCGAGGAUCUACGAUCUCGCCUCUCAAUCAUUCCUCAAGAUCCAGUGCUUUUCAUUGGCACAGUCAGAUACAAUUUGGAUCCCUUUGAGAAAUAUACAGAUGAAGCUGUUUGGUCAGCUUUAGAACAGACAUAUAUGAAAGAAAAGAUUGCAAAUCUUCCUUUGAAACUCAAUGCUCCUGUGGUAGAGAAUGGAGAGAAUUUCUCUGUUGGUGAACGUCAGUUGAUGUGUAUGGCUCGGGCCUUGCUGAGAAAUAAUAAGAUAUUGUUCCUUGAUGAGGCAACAGCUGCAAUAGACACAGAGACAGAUUCCAAGAUUCAACGUACACUACAAGAGGCCUUUAAAGCUUGCACAAUGAUUACCAUUGCUCAUAGAUUAAACACAGUGAUGGCUUGCUCCCGCAUAUUGGUGUUGGAUGAUGGAAAAGUGGUUGAAUUUGACACUCCUCGCAACCUUAUGGCUAAUCCCCACUCCGCUUUUGCCAAGAUGGUUGCAGCCGCAGAGUCGUCUAUACCUCUGUAAAUGGAACCGAAGUCAUCUCAAUACCUCUGAAGUGACAAAGUGAUGUGUAUAUAGUAGAUUGUAACUUAAUUUUGUCUGCACUAUUUAAUUACACAGUUAUUGAGUAUUACAUACUCAAGAGGAGUAGGGUUUUUAUUUUUAUUUUCUUGUGUAUAAUUCUUCUAUUUGUAUGUGUGUAUGGGUAUGUACCUAAAUACAUACACAAGCAUUCACAUGUACACACACGUGCGCGCACGCACACACACACACACACACACACACACACACACACACACACACACACACACACACACACACACACACACACACACACACACACACACACAUACACACACACAUACACACA